GGAAAGCUUCGACGCCGUAGGACAAGCUAGCCCGGUUAGCUCGGUGAGCUAACUAACGUUAUGUCGUCUAACGGGACGCUGCUGCCUCGCGCAACCAACGUCACCGAGUCACGCCUCCACGCGGGCAGCUUCACGCGCUCUGACAAUAUCUAAAAUAAAUAACAUGUUCACGAGGACAGGGGAGGACAGACAGACGGCAUGACGGAGGAGAAAUGUCCCCAGCUGGUGGACUACUUCGUAGUAGCAGGUCUCGACCCUGCGGGGGCCUGGAGCCCCCUGGACGAGGAUGCCAAGACCCCCACCUCCUCCUGCUCCACCUCCUCCUCCUGCUCCACCUCCACCUCCUCCUCCCGAGCGGUGGAGUCGGUGACAGACCUGGCGGUGAUAGCCCGGGGGCUCGGGGAGGAGGUGCCGGAGGGCUUCACCUGCAUCGAGAGGACGCUGGGCGGACACUCGGCCGAGCUGAGCGCCGGCCUCAUCAGCAACCCUCACAUGUACCUGUGCUACCGGAGGGGCCGGGACAAGCCGCCCAUCCUGGACCUGGGAGUUCUGUAUGAAGGAAAGGAACAGUUGAAGCAGAGCUGGGACGUCAUCGACACGACGCCCUACAGCCGAUCGGCCAACCUGAGCUCCGGCGGCGGCCCGACAGCUCACCGGGUUUUCCUGACGUUCCGGCGCGCUCUGGACUCGCAGGGCCUCCACAUGCUGGGCGUCACAGACAUCGGUCUGCUGAUGCCCAGCAAAGGAGAAGUCGCCCCGCACACCUUCUGUCGAGUGGACAAGAAUCUCAACACUGGCAUGUGGGGUCCAGCUUUGUACGUGUGCUUCAAGAGAGCUGUGGCCAAAGCCAACGCCCUGCUCUACAAAGCUAGUCUGAUCAGCCGCUACCCGGAGGAGGACCUGGAGGCCUUUCCUCUGCCGGAGUCGGUGCCCGUUUUCUGUCUCCCAAUGGGCGUCACCGUGGAGAGCUGGCCUCUGAGCACCAAGUACCAGCUGCCCGUCUUCUCCACCUUCGUCCUCACCUCUGCUUCCGGGGAUAAGGUCUACGGAGCAGCCAUCCAGUUCUACGAGUCUUUCUCCCAGGAGCUGCUGUCGGAGCGGCAGAGCGUGAGGCUGGGCCUGCUCAGCGUUGUGGACCGGAGGCCCAUCACCAGCCGCAGCCUGCAGGUGAAGAAGAGCAUCUGCGUGCUCUCCCACUGGCCCUUCUUCACCGUCUUCCAGAAGUUCCUGACCUUCGUCUACCGAUACUCCGUCUCCGGACCCCACGUCCUGCCGCUGGAGAAACAUGUCUCCAGCUUCAUGCACAACGUCCCGUUUCCCUCCCCCCAGCGACCCCGCAUCCUCGUUCAGCUCUCUCCAUAUGACAACCUGGUUCUCUGCCAGCCUGUUUCCUCUCCGCUGCCUCUCAGCGGGGCCAGCUUCCUGAAGCUCCUCCAGAACCUCGGCCCAGAGAACUCGUGCACGUUGCUGCUCGCCGUGCUAACAGAACACAAACUGCUGCUCCACUCGCUGCGAGCCGACGUCCUGACCUCCGUCAGCGAGGCCCUCGUCUCCAUGAGCUUCCCCCUGCGCUGGCUGUGUCCCUACAUCCCUCUGUGUCCACUGCAGAUGGCUGAUGUCCUUCUGGCUCCAAUGCCGUUCAUAGUGGGGGUCCACUCUAGUUACUUUGACCUGUACGACCCCCCUACUGACGUGGUGUGUGUGGACCUGGACACCAACACCAUCUUCCAGUCGGACGACAAGAAGCCGCUGUCAUGGCGAUCGUUACCCAGGAAACACGGCAAGACUCUGUUCAAUACCCUCACUGGCCUCCACAAGACCCUGGAGAAGAUCUGCACCCCCGGCCAGGAGGAGGCCACGCUGGAGUUCCUGCUGACUGACUACGAUCAGAUCUACAGGAGUCAGAAGCAGCUGGAGCUGGAGAUCCAGGAAGCCUUCCUUCGAUUCAUGAGCUGCCUGCUGAAGGGCUACCGGAGCUUCCUGCUUCCCAUCACUCAGGCUCCUUCCGACACCACCACAGACUGCAGCUCCCUCUUCAACCUGCAGGGCUUCCUGAAGUCUCGGGACCGAACCCAGCAAAAGAUCUACAGCCAGCUGACUAGGACCCAGAUGUUCACUCAGUUCAUCGAGGAGUGCUCCUUCGUCAGUGACCGACACGCCUGCCUCGAGUUCUUCGACGAGUGUGUCCAAAAGGUGGACGUGGAGAAGCCAGAGGAAGUAAGGCUGAUCGAUCUGGAUGAGACUCACAGCGGAGAACACACCGUCUUCAUUAUGCCCCCCGAAGAACCACAGGAACCCGACGGGUCCGAAUGUCCAGCUCUUUACAGUUAUGAAACUUUUCCCACUCUAAAGCCGGAGCUCUUCGAACGGCCACAAGAUCAACUCCGGGUUCCAAAGAAGGGCAGCGCCCCCAAUAGCCCCGCCCCCCACCGAACCAAACAGGAGAUCAAGCUGGCCCAGAAGCGAGCUCAGAAGUACUCUGCAGUGCCAGACAUGUGGUCCAAGUGCCUGCUGGGUCACUGCUACGGGCUGUGGUUCAUCUACCUGCCCACCUUCGUGCGGGCGGAGGGCGCUAAGGUGCGUGCGCUGCACGCGGCAUACGAUGUCCUCAAGCACAUGGAGAACAGGAAGGUGGUGCUACCUGACGAGGUGUGUUACAGGAUCCUCAUGCAGCUCUGUGGUCAGUACGGCCAGCCGGUUCUGGCUGUGAGGGUUCUACUGGAGAUGAAGAAAGCUGGAAUCACACCGAAUACCAUCACCUACGGAUACUACAACAAGGCGGUGCUGGAGAGUAAGUGGCCCUCGACCAAUCAGGGAGGACGUCUCCGCUGGGCCAAGCUGAGGAACGUCCUAUUGGCUGUGGCUCAGUUCAGGCAGCCAAUCAAACGUCAGCACCACAGCGGCUCGGUGGGGUCACAGGAAGAAGUGACGACGGACCCCGAUCAGAGGCUUCUCCCACACUCCGCUCUGAUCCGUCAGUCCAGCUGGAGCGGCCUGUCCGAGAGCUCCAGUCACGAGUCUCUGACGGGUUCGUUUGUGAAGAGCAGCAGCCUGAGCAGCAUGAGCAUCCCAAGCGAGAAGGUGAAGCUUUGUCGGAAGACCUUCCUCCGUCACACUGGGACCAACGGCUGCAGCGACUCUGCCUCCUGUAAGCCUCCGAUGGGGCUCUCCCACACCUCCACCCCUCCUACCGCCCCGCCCGGGGACCUCCUGGUGCGGCGGAGUCAGGUCUGCCUUUCCACCUUCUACAGAGAAUGUGCAGAGUCGGCUGAAUCUGAGCCGGAUUGCAGCUGCCAGCCGGCAAAGAGAGACGGCAGACCCGCCGGGACGCGAGACUCAGCCGGCAGAAACAAAGCGGUAGACGAGAACUACAACAACGUGUCCCCCAGCCGAGGAGGUCUGGCCGGGAAGCUCCAGCAGCUGCUCACUCCCACCAGACACCGAACGUCUGGGAGACGAGCCGCCAGCGUGGACGACCGGAGGCCAGGAGGAAGAGGAGGAGCCAUAGGACGAAGGGUGUCCGAGCAGAGGCAGUCCAGGAAGGCUCAGGUGGCCGAGACGCUGCUGAAGGCCAAGGAGCGGCUGGUCAGCGCCACCUCCGAGAGUUCUUUGUCUCUAGGAAGUGACCUGGACUUGACAGACACUCCAAGUCCAGCGUUUCCUUUCCAAAAGUCCUGGGACACCAACCAGCAGGGGACGGGUCUCGAGGUGCUGAUGUCCAGCUGCUCCCUGUGUCGUAGCUGUAACUCGUUGGUCUACGACGAGGAGAUCAUGGCUGGCUGGACCUCCGACGACUCAAACCUCAAUUCCUCCUGCCCCUUCUGCUGCGCCUCCUUCGUCCCCUUCCUGAACGCUGAGGUCUGUGACCUCGGACCUGUGGUCAGUGCGGAGCCUACCAACUGGAACGUGGAGGACAAGGUGGGGAGCGCUGUGAGGCCUCCCAGCGAUCAGGAGCUGAAGAACCAGUGUAACGGUCUGAGUGAAGACUCCAGCUCUGAGACCAGCAGCUACUCGGAGAACAGCAGAACCACCAUGGCCUCCUCAUUGGGCGGCUCUCCCCAGGUGACAGUGGCUUACCUGAGCCCUCUGGUCCUGAGGAAGGAGCUGGAAAGCCUGCUAGAGAACGAGGGGGAGGCGGUCCUCGCCCAGCCUCAAUUCCUGGAGAACCACUCCAUCAUCUUCUGGAACCUGGUGUGGUACUUCCAGCGCCUCGGCCUGCCCAGUAAUCUGCUGCAGCUGGUCCAGGCCUCGCCACUGAUCAGCCAGUUCACCCAGACAGAGAAUUCAGCAGUCAGAGUGCGGCUCCUCUGGGACACCUUGACCCCCGACACAGACCAGUGGCCCCCCCUCUACAUACUCUGGAGAAUCCACAGUGGCGUCCCAAUGAGGAGCUACAGCUGGCGGAGACACAACCACCCAUUCACGCUCUCCUUCUUAGAGGAGGUGCUGCGCUGGAUCGGCAUGAACGAGGUGCACAAAGCGGUCGCCCUCUACCUGGACACGCUGGAAAAAAUGCAGGGGGCCUGGACUCAGAGGAGUUUGUACAGAGAGUUCUUGUUCCUCACAUUGGCAGCUAUGGGCAAAGAUCACGUUGCAGCCUUUGAUAAAAAGUACAAGGCGGCGUACUCUCGGCUCAUCGGCUCCGUGGGACGAGAGGAGCUCCGUAAGAAGCGAGCGCAGCCUCCAGGACCCAAAGCCGUGGACUGCAGACGCAGCUUCUACCCGCCUCUCGAGUGCUAAUGACCGGGGGAGUGGGGGGCAGUGCAGACCCAGGACUCCCCCACUCCACGAUCCCUCACCCUUUGCCUGCGUGUAUUGUUCACCUCACCGUGGAUGUGGGAGCUCCUUCCUAUCCGCUGUCGUUUGUCCUUUUGAUGUGAAUCCCGUUGUUCUUCAUCCACGCUGUCCUCAAAGUCGUCAUAUCCUUCCGUGCAUUUUGGGUGAAGGUAGAGCAGAGCAUUGUUUUAAAGGGUGGUCCAUGUCCAUGUACAGAACAAAACAGUCCCUGUCUUCUAUAACCCAAAUGGUGAAGGUAGUUGUAACCACAGUAGCUCCAGUGAGACCAUGAACACACCAGUAAGGAUGGAAUCAGGACUUAAGAGGAAGCAUCACACUUCCAAGGAAACCUCAAACUGUCAGAAGGUUUGUUUUAAGUUAACAGCUGAGACUUUCUUUCUGAAACCUCAGUUUGUAUGAAUCCCUUCGUUAAAGCUCCUCAGACCUACCAAAAUGAAAAAGAAGAGGUCUUUCUUAUCUAGUGGAGUAAUGGAUCCUUCCUACUAGAAUUUAAAAAAAGAAGUCUUCUUCACCAAGUCAGCAAGAAGAAGCCUUCUCCGUCUAAUGAAGAGUAAUGGAGGUUUCGUGACUGGAAAUGUUAUUUUUCAUCCCUCAAAUUAAAAAAACAAACGAGGCUUACGGGUUUCCCUUCAGAACUCCAACAGAACCACUAGAGUCUCAAAGUCUGUAGGUAUCUCUUUUGGUCAGAAUCCAAAAGUCUCAUCCGUUUUAUCAGAAUCGUGACCAACAGAGUCAGAACUUCAUCCAGUCUCACUAACAACCUGAGACCUUUACGGUAUCAACGGGUAUCGGACGGUACCAGCAGGUGUCGAUGGGUAUUGGACUGGAUGUCGGACCCUGUUGGGCAUGAUUCGGUUCAUCUUGAAAGAGCUUAAUUAAUCAAACGUCACCUAAAAUGAAUCUGGUACUUUUCAUAACUCUUUUUAGUUUAACAUCCAACUUUAUGUUGAUCUGAUAUAUCAGACAUAAAUCAGUUCAGGUUAAAAAGGGAAAAUACCAUUAAUGGUUUUAUAACUCAGUGACUAAAGACGCUCUGGAGCGAAGCUAUUUUGAAUCUUUGUGCAGCAUGAAAACAUUUUUUUGAAUGUGAAGUUUGAUCCUUCUAAGCACCACAUGGCUUAUUUUAACUGCAGGUUGAUUUUAAUGUUUGCUGUCGUAAUUUAUAAAAGGCUGUCGUUUCAUUUGUAAAUGUUUUUUUUUAAAGAAAACACAUAAAUAAAAGACGUUGAGCCCAAA